AUGGCUGGAAACACAGAAAGAAGAAGGGCUCCCAAGCAGAGGGAUAAUCAAAGGAAAUUUGAAAGGCCAGACAGAAGUUCAAAAUCAAAUAAUAAUUCAUACAAGAAGACGAAGGAUAAGAAAUUGAAAGGAGGUCUACGUAGAAUUGAUGAUCAAUAUAAACAGGCUGUAUCUUCUGCUGCGGCUACGGAAUAUCUUCUUCCUGAAACCACUGGUUUUAUGGAAGCCGAAGAUGAGAUGGAAAAAACGUUCAAAGUAAGACAAUCAGAGAUUAAAUCUGGUGUAGAUGUAACCACUGCAAAUAAAGCUUUAGACCUUCAAUUGAAGGAAUUUGGCCCCUAUGGGGUUAAUUUCACCAGGAAUGGGACUCACAUGCUAAUAUGCGGGAAGAAAGGUCAUGUGGCAUCCAUGGAAUGGAGGAAAGGUGAACUUCGUGCUGAAUUGAACUUAAAUGAAACAUGUAAUGCGGCUACCUAUCUACAAAAUGAACAAUUUUUUGCUGUUGCACAAAAGAAAUAUACUUUCAUUUAUGAUCAUGAAGGUGUAGAAUUACAUCGUUUGAAACAACAUAUAGAGGCAAAACAUUUACAAUUUUUACCAUACCAUUAUUUACUAGCUACCGCUGGUGAAACGGGUUGGUUGAAAUACCAGGACGUCUCUACAGGUCAAUUAGUUUCCGAAUUAAGAACUAAAUUAGGUCCUACAACCGCAAUGACUCAAAACCCUUGGAAUGCUGUAAUGCAUCUCGGUCAUAGCAAUGGGACUGUAACAUUAUGGUCACCAUCUAUGCCUGACCCACUGGUAAGACUUCUUUCCGCGAGAGGCCCCAUAAAUAGUAUAGCCAUAGACAGAAGUGGUUACAAUAUGGUUACCGUGGGUGCAGAUAAAUCAAUGAAAAUUUGGGAUAUUAGAAACUUUAAGGAACUACAUACAAUAGAGAACCUUCCAACCCCAGGAACAAACGUUACAAUUUCAGAUACUGGACUAUUGGCCAUGACUAGAGGACCUCAUGUGACUCUUUGGAAGGACGCCUUCAAAUCACGACCUUGUUUUGGCUCUAUGGGUGGUCAAUCCAAUAGAAAUACACCUUACAUGUCACAAUUAUUUCCAGGUAAUAAAGUUAACAAUCUGCAAUUUGUUCCAUUUGAGGAUUUGCUAAGUGUUGGACAUAAUACUGGGAUAACGAAUCUAAUUAUUCCAGGUGCUGGUGAAGCUAAUUAUGAUGCCUUGGAAAUUAAUCCAUUCGAGACAACUAAACAAAGACAGGAACAAGAAGUCAGAACAUUGUUGAAUAAAUUACCUGCUGACACCAUUACAUUGGAUCCAAAUGUUAUCGGUACUGUUGAGAAGGGUGCAUCCACAACAAGAUUAUCUGCAAAGGAUUUGGCUGAGAUUACUAAUCAAUCUUUGAAUAAAUCUAAAGAAAAUAAAGAUAUUCCAGAUAUAAAACCUGAGGUUAAGGGGAAGAAUUCUGGUUUACGUUCUUUCUUGCGUAAGAAGACUCAAAAUGUUAUUGAUGAAAGAAAGGUGAGAGUGCAAAAGCAAUUAGAAAAGGAGAAAGGUAAUCGUAAAAGAAUACAGCAAAUUAAGAAUGGUGAAAUAUCAGAGGAUCACAAGGAUCUCGUCGAUGAAGCCUUGGGAAGAUUUAAUUAA